AUGCUUAACAGAGAUGAAAUCAAUGAUAUCUUUGUGAGAGUUGACAAGAUCAGGAACAUGUUAAACAAACUGCAAUCUGAUAUUCAGGCUGACCCUUUUAACUCUGACCUCCAGGAUGAAGAGAGAGCUCUUUCUAAGCAUUUCCAUAAAAUGCUUAGCUGGGAAGAAAAUAUCCUAAGGCAAGAGUCCAAAAUGAUGUGGAUUAAGUUGGGAGACUAUAAUACUAAGUUCUAUCAUAGAUUAUUCAAGCAAAGACAGGCAAGGAAAAGGAUUGUGAAGAUCAAUAAUGCAUAUGGAAAUGUUGUUGAUGACCCUGAGCUCUCCUUUGCAGAAGAGAAAGAUAAUUUAAAUGCUCCUUUUGAUGAUAAGGAGAUUAGAGCAACUAUGUUUGGCAUUAAUGGUGACAAGGCUCCAUGGCCUGAUGGUUUUGGGAGUGCUUUUUUCAAGAAAUCUUGGAGCAAAAUUAUUAGUGCUAGCCAGUCUGGUUUUGUUACAGGCAAAAAUAUUUUUGAUAAUAUCCUCUUGACUCAUGAGUUAGUCAGAAACUAUCAUAAGAAUAAGGGUAAUUCUUGUGCUCUGAAUAUUGAUUUACAUAAAGCUUAUGAUACCAUUAAAACUGUGAAGUAUUCUAUUCAGAUAAAUGGGGAAGUGUCUGGCUAUUUUGAUGGGGGAAGGGGGCUUAGGCAGGGUGAUCCCAUAUCCCCUCUGAUUUUUGUCUUGUGUAUAGACUACCUCUUAAGGUCUCCUGUCAUCAACACUAGAAGGGAUUUGUUGGCUAAAAUGCCAACUUUGCAGCGGGGUCAGAUUUUUAGGUUUGCGAAUGUGCUUUCGGCGUCUCUUUGCUUCGGAAACUUUCGGAAUGCUCAAAUUACACCCAAAACUCAUUAA